UUAAAUGAGUAAACAAAGUUAGCCUAUUAAAAUGCACGAUGAAGGGCCCUAAUUUAGAAACCAUCCGAAGGUCGUACGAACGGAUCCGGUCAUAACUUCCAUCGACUUGCAAGGAGUAAUAUUGCGAACAUCGCCGGUGUCAUAAAAUUAAAGUUUAAUUUAAGAACACACAAUGUACCGAUUACCAAAACUGCUCCGCCCAACCGUGGCCCGCCACUUUUCCACCACCCUCAGACGAAAUGCCAAAGAUGUCAAGUUUGGAGCUGACGCAAGAGCUAUGAUGAUCCAGGGAGUGGACACACUUGCUGAUGCUGUGGCGGUUACUAUGGGACCAAAGGGAAGGAAUGUCAUCAUUGAACAGAGUUGGGGGAGCCCUAAAAUUACCAAAGAUGGAGUGACGGUAGCUAAGGCCAUCGACCUGCAGGAUAAGUACCAGAAUAUUGGCGCCAAGCUCGUUCAAGAUGUCGCUAACAACACCAACGAAGAGGCCGGAGACGGAACAACCUGCGCAACUGUCCUUGCUCGUGCCAUUGCUAAGGAAGGAUUCGACAAGAUCAGCAAGGGAGCUAAUCCAAUCGAAAUCAGGAGAGGUGUCAUGACGGCUGUGGAAGUAGUGGUAGAAAACCUGAAGAAAAUGUCCAAGCAGGUCUCUACACCUGAGGAGAUUGCUCAGGUAGCUACAAUCUCUGCUAAUGGUGACAAAGCCAUUGGAGACUUGAUUGCCGAGGCCAUGAAGAAAGUGGGCAGAGACGGGGUUAUCACUGUUAAGGAUGGAAAGACCUUGAAGGAUGACCUUGAGACCAUUGAGGGAAUGAAAUUUGACCGGGGUUACAUCUCACCUUACUUCAUGAACUCUUCCAAAGGGGCUAAGUGCGAAUUCAAUGAUGCACUGGUGCUGUUCAGCGAGAAGAAAAUCUCGUCAAUCCAGUCCAUCAUCCCCGCCCUGGAGAUCGCUAACCAGGCCCACAAACCCCUACUCAUAAUCGCCGAGGAUGUUGACGGAGAAGCACUUAGUGCACUUGUACUCAACAGACUGAAGGUGGGUCUCCAGGUGUGUGCUGUCAAGGCCCCAGGGUUCGGAGAUAACAGGAAGAACACAAUGAGGGAUAUGGCCAUUGCUAGCGGUGGAAUUGUGUUUGGAGAUGAAGCUGAUAUGUACAAACUAGAGGAUGUCCAGAUGAACGACUUUGGUACCGUAAAGGAAGUGACUGUUACCAAGGACGACACACUGAUGAUGAAGGCAAGCGGUGAGAAAUCAGAACUGGAAAAGAGGAUCCAGCAAAUCCGAGACGAAAUCGAGCUCUCCACAUCAGAGUAUGAAAAAGAAAAACUGAACGAGCGUCUGGCCAAACUGUCCUCUGGAGUAGCUGUUCUCAAGAUUGGUGGAUCAAGUGAGGUGGAGGUCAACGAGAAGAAAGACCGUGUCAACGACGCUCUGUGUGCCACCAAGGCUGCAGUAGAGGAGGGGAUUGUACCUGGGGGAGGGGUGGCCCUGCUUCGCUGCAUCAAGUCUCUGGAUAACGUCAAGGGAUCAAAUGAGGACCAAAACACAGGAAUUGAGAUUGUGAGAAAGUCCCUUCGAUUACCCAUGCUCACCAUCAUCUCCAAUGCUGGUUUGGACCCACACCCCAUUGUAGAAAAAGUUAUAAGCAACGAGGGAGACUUUGGAUAUGAUGCCCUGAACAAUGAGUUUGGAAAUUUGGUGGAAAAGGGCAUUCUUGAUCCCACAAAGGUUGUCAGAACAGCAAUUGUAGAUGCAUCAGGAGUCGCUUCCCUUUUGUCAACAGCAGAGGCAGUGAUCACAGAAAUUCCCAAGAAGGAGGAGCCAAUGCCAGGUGGUAUGGGAGGAAUGGGUGGAAUGGGCGGUAUGGGAGGAAUGAUGUGAUGAUUGACAGCUGGUCAAGGAUCCUGAUUGGCUUAGAGUGAUGAUGUCAUAAUGAUGGACAUAAAAUUUUGUUUUUAUGAUAAAUAUUUCAUUUUGACAAGACACUGUUGAAGAUCAAACAAAUUCAGAACUCUUUUUAAACGGCCAGGAAUGCAGAGUGUGUUGUGAAAGAUGUCUCCUAGACAGGUUAUACUGACUGAAGGCCUAAACAGAAGCUGGAGUACUUCUCUAUCAUUGAACAUUUUGUGUUUUCAUUGUUUUCAUUUUUGUCAAGAAUUUUUUUAUAUGUGGUUCCACUCUCUUCUCUUUUCUCAUUUCAGUAUGUAUACUAAGAACAACCUUUCCAUGAUUUUUUUUUCUUGUGAAUUGUAUAGUGAUAGCCUGCAAAAAAUUAUCCGGUUAUAAAACUUGGCAAAAGUCCUGUGGACACAAAGACAAGAAAGUGUAUUGAUACAGUACAAUAUUUUCCUGCUUAUUUAUGAUAGUUUCAACAGUUCAUCUUGCCAGAUGUAGUUCAAAAACUUAUUCCCUCAAAAAUGUGUCAAUGUCUGCAAGAUAGAGUAACAUAGGAAUAUGAAUUACAUAUUCAAACCUGGAUGAGACCAAUAUAUGUAUUGUGAGAUAUUAUGUUAGCGAUGAUAGAUUUUCAAGUACACUAGUGUAUUUGCUGUUUGUGAUAUUGAGUGAAUUGAUUCAUAGAUCAUUAAAAUGUAUUUUAUAUCAAAA